AGCCGCAGGCCUCUUUCUCACCUGAAGUAAAUUCGGCUGAAGCGAAAUAUGUCGGAGGAUGAUCCGCACCGGGUCCAUCUUCACCCCGCCGCCUGAUUCAAUGAACGCUCCCGUUACAGCGCAGUUAUUCACCGGCCAGAGGCGACAGCGGAACAAUACACACAUCAGAGACCAAAAUGCUUCAGGGCUCAAAUAUCUUUGGGCACGAGCGGCCCCUGGUCCUCAGGAUCUCAUUCACCACCUGUGUGGUGACGACUGUGUGUCUGCCACUGCUCGGACUAAUAGCAUGUGUCUUCAUCUCCUCGGUUUUUCAUUAUGAGGACUCCACCGGCACACACUGCCAGGUUCCUAACUACCUGCCAUCCAUCAGUGCCUCAAUAAGCCUCAGCCCCGAGUCCCACAUAUGGCGCUUCUGCAUCGGACUGCACUCGGCCCCGAGGUUACUGGUGGCGUUUACCUACUUCAAAUUUUACAAGACAUGCUUCGCCUCCAAGUUCCACGAGAGUGCGCUCAGCCGCCUGAACCUGGCCUUCGCUCUUACUGAGAACCUCGGCCUCUUGCUCCUCACGUACGUGUCGUCCAGUGAGACAUACUUUGUACACAAGGAAGGCUUCGUCCUGUUCCUUGUCAGCUCCCUCGUCCACAUGCUGAUAACCUGCCGUUUGUGGAAGGCUAUUAAGAAGUAUUCUCUGAGUCCUGAGGAUGCAAAGUCUCACCGGUGGAAAGUGCGUUUUUUACUUCUCAACAUUUCCUUCUGUGCUUUUGCCGGAUUCUUUUAUUAUAAACACAACAUGUACUGUGAAUCAGGGAGUUACACAUUUUUCGCCCUGUUUGAGUAUCUCGUGGUCUUCUCCAACAUGGCCUUCCAUCUCACGGCUGUGUGGGACUUUAAGAGCCGGGAGGUCAUGGUAAUUUCGUCCUCUGAAGAUAAAACCUUCUGACUACAAACACAAGGACUAAGUGCUAAACACACAACCACUCAACUCCCUGAUGAUAACAGCCGUGCUCCCACUCCAGAGGACGAGUGGGACGAAGGCCUCCUCCACAUAUUUCCGUGUUGACUGCUCUCGAGUCCUGAACAAGGUGCCGAUGUCAACGAGCAGAGACAGAUUUGCACAAGUGCUACUUUUAGCCUCAGUGUCUCAUUCAUGGACGCCUUCACCCACAUACAGCACAUUACGUAUUAUAAUUUGCAGGUUUUAACUUUUGCAUAAUGCACAACAUAUGUGUUGUCAUAUUGUUUGUGUGCCAAAGUAAAGUGACAAGUGUUUUUCAAGUGUGCUUGACUUUUAUUUGUCUGUCCUAGUGUUUAAUCUCCAGAAACAAAAGUAAUACUCCAAACACAGUAUUGAGGACACAUACAAACAUAUUUUGUUGUUUAUUAUGCUUAGAUUUGAAUUCAAUUCUUAUUCCAUUAAUACCUAAUCUUUAUUCAAAUAUUAAGGUCAAAUUUGUGGCCUCCAGUUCCUGUUGUUAAUCCAUAACAGGUAAUCCCCCCACUCUUACCUUACUUUGACCCAAAUGUUAAUACUGCUGGAAAAGAAAAAAAAAGCAAGUAUUAUUAUUCCACAUAUGAAAAUAUCUGGACUUGCAUUAUCAUACAUAUUAUUACAAGUUUUUUGGAAAACAUUAUAAAAUCAUGUCAAAUUCAAUCAAUAUUCGAGUCUGUAAUUAAAAGUAAGAAUACAAAUAUUCAGAUUUACCAGUUUCUUGUUUGUGUCUGAUCAAUCUCACAGAACAGUUCUUCAGUGGAAUCCUCCAUUUCUGAUCCCCUAAUGUUCAGAGUUUGUUCACACU